CCGGUGGCAUGCCGGGAAUAGUGCGGCUAUUUGGCGCGUUUAUUUUGAACGAAGUAUGGAGUUGAUACGUGCGCUGCAGUUAUUAAAAUUAAACAGUGUGUCUUCAGCCUGGGUGGAUGCAGUGUGGGAUUUUGAGUUCACCCACACAGACCCUCUUGACCCUGUUAUCGAGGAGGAGAUAAAGGAAGACCCUGAUGUUUUCAAAAGGAUUUACAAGCAGCUUCUGCCCUUCUCCAGUAAGGAUGAUGACAAUACACAGAGUGUCUGGCUGGUGUUCGGUGAGAAUGGUGUCUCUGCAAAACCAUUGGUGGCUGUCCUGUCCUAUUUCAUCCUUAGUGCUAAAGCCAAAAGUCCCAGUCUUGAACAGAGACUGUGUGGUCUACAGGCAGCCUCUCUAUACUUGUUGCUGCUAAAAAUUCCAGGGAGUGUUGCGAAUAAAGUGUAUCAUCAGAUUCUUUUUGAUACCUGUCUGAACAUGCCCCUGAAAUGCUGGCCUCAAGACUCUGGCAAGAAACGCAAGAAAGAUACUUUGAAAAGCUCUCAAGGUGACCCCAAAACAGGCAAACGAUCCAAACCCCCAAAGAAAGUGUCAGAAGAGUGGUGUCAUGUAUCGUCUCAGGCUGUCUGUGGUGCCAGAGACCAGGCCAUCCUUUUCAUCAGUCAUAUUGUUGAAAAGCAGAGGGAGGCUGCAUUGCCGCUUUUACGGAUACUUGUGCAGCACAUCUGCCAUCAGAUGGUGGAGAAGUCUGAAUAUCGAGUCAGUGGAGCACAGGCUGUUGGGAAGCUGAUGGCUAAGAUGCCGUGUCAGGACUAUGCAGCCAUCAUUAAGAAUGUCGACCAAAUACAGAGUCUGCCUGAGCUGUCCUACCAUGGACUGGGGCUACUUUGCUCAACCAUUCAUGGUGAAGGAGAUGAGUGCCGUCGACGAGUGUUUCGCAAGCUACUGUAUGUUAUUCUAAUGAUGAAAACACAAGAGAGGUCCAAGCCGUGUCUUCUUGCUUCGUCUCAGGCUGUCUGUGGUGCCAGAGACCAGGCCAUCCUUUUCAUCAGUCAUAUUGUUGAAAAGCAGAGGGAGGCUGCAUUGCCGCUUUUACGGAUACUUGUGCAGCACAUCUGCCAUCAGAUGGUGGAGAAGUCUGAAUAUCGAGUCAGUGGAGCACAGGCUGUUGGGAAGCUGAUGGCUAAGAUGCCGUGUCAGGACUAUGCAGCCAUCAUUAAGUGGCUCUAUAGCUACUCCCGAAAUAACAAGGUGGCAUUCAGAAUGUUUGCGCUUGAUGUUGCCUUGGUCCUCCUGGAGCAGAGUGAGAGGGAUGUGGACGACACAGUGGACCCUGAGCUGGCUGUGUUCCUUCCUCACAGGUUCCUGGUGCACAACAUCAUCUACAAUCAUCGUAAUGAUGUCUCCCCCACAGUCAGAGGUCACGCAUUGCACUGCCUGGCACAGUGUCUGGAGCUGGGUUCCCAGAAUGCCACAAAAUGUGUUCAUGAGCUCUUCUCCAACAGUGCUCAGACUAUGCUGGAGUCGGGCCGCUCUGAGCAAACUCUAAAAAGAAGAGAGACUGUUCAGAAAUCUGCUCUCACCUUCAGAACCAUUGAGCUUACAAAACACAAGAGCAUUACCACGACUCACAGGAGCGUCAUGAAUUCUUCUUUACAGAAUGAGGAAACAUUGACUCUAUUUAAAAAACAUGUCAGCGAUCCAAAAAUCAAUGCUAGAAAAAGUGCACUGGAGAAAGCGCUAGAGUGUCUGGACCAUGUCGUCAUUGCUCACAUUAAGAGUCAAGGCAAAUAUCGGGAUGACGACACCUCUCAGAAGCUGGCCUGGGACUUACUGGGUCUGAUGUGUGAAAAGUGUCAAGACCUCAGUCGGUAUUUCAGCAAGACUUUCAGCGUGUGGGCUCCACAGCAGAAGUUCACUCCUGCCUUUGUGAACGGUUUGCUGUCUCACACCGACGGAGAGAGGGCCGCUGCUGCCUGGCUGCUGUUAGCUAAAAUUGCCAGUUGCUCUCCUAAACUGAAUUAUGGCACCGUGUUGGAUACCUGGGAGAAUACUAUCAGGUCACCAGUUGUUUCAGUUACAAUGACCUGUCACAUCUUGAGCGUUCUGGGAGACAUUGCGUCUAAUCUCAAUGAUGACACCAAGACCAGAAUAGUAGAUGAUCUGAUGGGCUGGUUGAAGACUUUCAGCCUGCCUUUGGAGGUAAUCAGCUCCUGUGUGGAUACUCUGGUCAGAUUUUCAAGAUCAGACAAUACUCCGGACACAUUGAGGUUCCUGGAUCGUUUCUGUGGAGAGCUGGUCUCUGUGUGUGAGAGUUAUCUGUCUGGUGUCAUUCUACAAGAGAAGGGAGCUGAGAACAUCAAUGAAGGCCUGCUGGUGAAACAUCUUUAUACACUUGGUGCCGCUUCGCUCCAUUGCCCUUUCACCAGUUUUGUGGACUCUGAGCUGCCUCUGGACUCUGACAGCUCAGAGUUGCUUUCAGAUACUUUUGACAUCCUGUCGCUGAAAGAGAUGAAACUGACAGCCAUGAGCGGCCCAGCAGCAGGAGAGGAACCUCAGGAGGAUGAGAUGGCCAUGGCUAAAGCUGUCUUACAGGUGGCCCAGAAAAAGCUGGUCUCACAGGUCCAAAAGAGGAACUUUGUGGAGAAUGUUAUUCCUAUCAUCAUCAGUCUGAAGAACAUGCUGGAAGAGCAACACUCACCUGUCCUGAAACACCUUAUGGCCUACCUACAGGUGACCAUGCAGGACUAUCGUUCAGAAGUGAAGGAGCUGUUUGCUGCUGAUGAGCAGUUGACUGCAGAGGUGGAGUAUAACCUGAAAUGGUUUGAAAAGGAAAAACAACAACAAGAACAACAGCAGAUGGAGAAUCAACUGGCCAACUUCACAUUUUCACCCCAACGAAACGCAACACAUGUUGGGGGGCAGACAGGUUUUGCCUCCCCUCUAAACCCUCAUGGUACUAAAGGUCCCGCACAAACCCCAAAAUCUGCUGAUGCUCUGAGGCGCCGCACUUAUGCAGGCAUGGUAACUCCGGUCAGGACCCAUUCUUCCCCUACAGUCUUUUCAACAGGACGAGGAAAACAGGUUGGGAGAGCCAUCAGUACUCCACAAGCGAGCAUAAAUGAAGUGACAUUUGGAGAGCAAGUCAGUGCCAUCUGCAAUGAAUCUAGAAGAGUUAUAGGUAGCAAAGUUGUGGAUGAAGAAGAGAGUGUUCUACAUCUAAUGUCACCAGAACAACAAAAACCGGUGCCCAGGCAGUGGAAUGUUGAAUCUCCUCUUGUUCAAAAACUGAGAAGCAAAAAACGGUUCUAGUGAAUGUUUCAGUUCACCAUACCUUUAGAACAAGCCCUCUUUAAUUCACACUUCUCUUGAUAACUCUCUUUUUACUGUUUCAUGUUGUCUUAUUUGUUAAAAGCAAUGUUAUUAAAUGCCAUUGAUACUUUGGAUUGUAUCGUGUGGACAAUUAUAUGGCAUGCAUGUAAGAAUAUUUUUGUCUUUUGCUUUAAUAACAGCAGCCUUUAAACUGACGAUUUUAGAAUAUUCCAAAGAGCAUCUUAUGCAUUUCAAUAGCAUCUGACAUUUAGUACAAAAGAAAUGUCGCAAUGGUUGCGUUUCCUCUCAGUGCCACAUUAGCGGUGACCGAAGCUUUUCAAUAAAUUGCAGAUUUUUGUUUGACAAGCAGAAAUGUAUGCGACAAGUGUUUCAGAUU